CUAGCAGCCAAUCAACAAGCAGUUUUUGUUGUUGACCGAUAGAAGGAACUAGCUAGCAGCAAGUUAGCAAUCAAGCAAUUAAAAAAAGUUUAUACAGGUCUGCAGAUUGCUUCAAGUUUAUGGCAUAGAUAUGAAAGACGGCAAGGAAAAUACUCGUCAGAGGGAGAAAAKGAUGGAGAUAAAAUGCGAAAACAUUGAAAAAACGGAGAAGCCAAAGCAGGAGAARAAAGAAGUAAUGACGAAGAUCAUUAUCCGACGUCUGCCUCCAAGCAUAACCAAGGAGGAACUGGAGGAGCAAUUGCAGCCACUUCCAGAAGUGGAUUACUUAGAAUUUUUCUCCAAUGACAGCAGCAUGUACCCCCAUGUCUUCGCCAGAGCAUACAUCAACUUCAAGAUUCCGGAAGAUAUUGUACUUUUCAGAGACCGGUUUGAUGGAUAUGUGUUCGUUGAUAAUGGAGGGCAGGAGUAUCCAGCCAUUGUUGAAUUUGCUCCUUUUCAAAAGAUUGCCAAAAGAAGGAGUAAGAAAAAGGAUGCUAAAAGUGGAACAAUAGAUGAAGAUGCUGACUACAAGAAAUUCCUGGAGAUUUAUAAUGGCGACGAUGAAAAGUUUACAUCCACCCCUGAGACUCUACUGGAGGAAAUAGAGGCUAAAACAAAGGAACUAGUAGCUAAGAAAAUGACUCCCCUUUUGGACUUCUUAAAGAACAAACAGAGAAUCCGUGAGGAAAAGAAAGAGGAAAGGAGGAGACGAGAACUCGAACGUAAGCGCCUGAGGGACGAGGAACGUCGGAAGUGGAGGGAGGAGGACAGGAGAAAGCGCAAAGAACCAGAGAAGUUCAAGAAAGGAGACAAACCUUCCGAGAAUGAUAAAGACCAAGCGAAGGAGGUGCCAAAAAUCAAGCUCUUGAGAAAACCAGACAGAGGAGAUGAUGUGGAGAAGUUAAAGAAACCUGAGAAGGACAAGAUGAAAGACGACAGAGCUCCAGGGUGUCCUGAUAUGACGAAACGCCGAAACUUCGAAACCAGGGAGGACAGGGUAUCACGGAAAGCUUCAGACGUAGAAAGGGACAGAAACCGCGAACGAGACAAGGAGAGGGAGCGGCGGCAGAAAGAGAAGGAGCGCAUCAGACGACUAGACGAGGAUCGACGAAGGAGGAGGGAAAGGCACGAUGGAGAGAACUCCUACAGAAAGCGAGAGGAAGAAGAGAAAAGGGAGAAAAGGGAUCGUGUCUGGGAAAAGAGAAGGAGCGAGAAUGCCGGGGAUUCUGCAAGCCAUACUGAUAAGCCUAAAAAGUCAGAAGAAACCCUGAGGGAGGAGAAAGCUAAAAGAGAUUGUUUAAGAAACAAGGAUCGGCCUGCCAUUCAGCUAUACCAGCCAGGUGCCAGGAACCGAGGAGGAGAAACUCAUGYUGAGGCGCGAGACCAAGAGAAGGGAGUUGAAGGAUAAAAAAAAAUGACCACAAAUAAAGAAUGAUUAAACGAUUGAGGGGAACCUGCUCUGAGCCAAGCAAACUGGUGCCAGAGAGGCUGCUGCAGUAGUGCUUCUGCAGAGCCACAUCCCGUCCUCCCACUCCCAACCAGAGGAAGGGAUGUGACCAUGGUGUCUCCCCUCAGGGCCUGAAGGUGCCCCACUUUUAGUUUUGUUUAUGGAGAAAAGCAAGGGAAAGUCGGCGCUUUAAUGUUUGCAGGAGUUUGGCUAUGGGKUGGCAGGUAGCCUAGUGGUCAGAGCGUUGGCCUUUUAACCGAAAGGUUGCAAGAUCGAAUCCCCGAGCUGACAAGGUA